CUGCUUCGGGACCGCCAAGGAAAGACGAACUGUAGGUCGGCUGGUUCAGUUGCAGGCAGAAAUUCUGGUAGUAUAUCUGGGAAUAUGAAGACACAACUGCCCCCACCUUGCCUUCGAGGAUAGUAUGGACCAGAAGGCAAAGUCGUUUUGAAUACGUGGUUCAUUGAGUACCCACUCUGUGCCAGUUGAUGGCUGCGAAGAGAACAGAAGGGGUGCUGCUGUAGGAAAUCAGUGGCUCGGAAGACCACACUGAGGAAGGUGUGAGUUGGUACUGGAAGAUCUCCAGGUUUGAGGCAUCAUGGCCGCCCUCAGACCCCUUGUGAAGCCCAAGAUCGUCAAAAAGAGAACCAAGAAGUUCAUCCGGCACCAGUCAGACCGAUAUGUCAAAAUUAAGCGUAACUGGCGGAAACCCAGAGGCAUUGACAACAGGGUUCGUAGAAGAUUCAAGGGCCAGAUCUUGAUGCCCAACAUUGGUUAUGGAAGCAACAAAAAAACAAAGCACAUGCUGCCCAGUGGCUUCCGGAAGUUCCUGGUCCACAACGUCAAGGAGCUGGAAGUGCUGCUGAUGUGCAACAAAUCUUACUGUGCCGAGAUCGCUCACAAUGUUUCCUCCAAGAACCGCAAAGCCAUCGUGGAAAGAGCUGCCCAACUGGCCAUCAGAGUCACCAACCCCAAUGCCAGGCUGCGCAGCGAAGAAAAUGAGUAGGCAGCUUGUGUGCACAUUUUCUGUUUAAAUAAAUGUAAAAACUGCCAUCUGG